CCCCUAUUAUUAUCGUAAGAAUAAUUUCACUUAUGAAAAUGGCGGCGAGUCAGGGAGGUGUAGGUCCCGCUGCGGCUCUUCAGAGCCAGCAUUAUCCCAACGUCGCUCACUGGAACCCGAGCGUAAUGCAACAGCAGCAGCAUCCGCUGCACACCGCCCGCAGUCUGGAGCGCGCUUUGGAGGAUGCCGCCUGCUCGGGGAUGCUCAACAUAAGCGGCAGAAAACUGCGCGAGUACCCGGGGCUUAACUACGAUCUGACCGAUACUACACUAGCAGAUUUAUCAAGAAAUCGUUUUUGUGAAAUCCCUCCAGAAGUUUGUAUGUUUGCACCCCUGGAGUCAUUAAACCUAUAUCACAACUGCAUAAAGGUCAUUCCAGAGGGCAUUAUUAACCUACAGAUGCUUACCUACCUGAACAUCAGUCGAAAUCAGUUGUCCGUUCUCCCCAAGUAUCUCUUCAACCUUCCUCUGAGAGUGCUGGUGGUCAGUAACAACAAACUCCUUUCUGUUCCCGAUGAGAUUGGCAAGGCGAAAGACCUUAUGGAACUGGACAUCAGCUGUAAUGAGAUCCAGGUGCUUCCUACUCAGAUGGGGAAGCUCCUUGCAUUACGAGAGCUCAACGUACGAAGAAACUGCCUUCAAGUGAUGCCAGAUGAACUGUCCGAUCUGCCGUUGAUCAGGUUGGAUUUCUCUUGUAAUAGGAUCACUGAAAUUCCUCCAUCUUAUCGCAAACUCAAGCAGUUACAGCACAUCGUUCUUGACAACAAUCCCAUGCAGUCUCCACCCGCACAGAUCUGUCUUAAAGGAAAGAUUCACAUCUUUAAGUAUUUAAACCUGCAGGCGUGUCGCCUAGAUAAAAAACCAGACACACUCGACCUGCCCUCUCUUGGAAAACGCUGUUUACCUCAGCAGCUGACAGACAGCAUGGAAGAUUUUUAUCCUAGUAAAAAUCAUGGUCCUGACUCAGGGAUUGGCAGUGACAAUGGUGACAAAAGACUUUCGACCACAGAGCCAUCUGAUGAUGACACAGUAAGUCUGCAUUCCCAAGUAUCUGAGACAGCACGGGCAGAUGCUCACACACUUCUGCUGACAAAGCUGGACUCAAACAAAGACCAGGAUCCAUACGAUUUUAUUGACCCAAAUCCAGAUGAAGAAGCUCUUUCUGAGGGAGACACUCAAAACAAUGCACCCUAUGUGUCAUGUAUAAAGGAGCUUGAAAGGGUUCUGAAAACACACCAAAGCAAAGACAAAGAGAACUGGAAAGAAGAGUUUGGCUCAGAGAAAGAGCAGCUAGCUGAGGAAGAUGAAGAUGACCUGAAGGAGGUGUUGGACCUGAGGAAGAUCGCAGUUCAGCUGUUACAGCAAGAGCAGCAGAACAGGCGGCGGUCCUUAAUAUGUAGGGCAGAGAGUCUAAUACAUCGUAGAAGAGCAGCUGGCAGAGCUCACAGAUUUCUCAGCCACUCCGGUAGCAGCACCAAAUCGAGAUCUCCAUCUCAGACUGUUAGAAGUGCAUCAUUAGAUGAGGGAACCAGCUCUGCAUCUGCUCUCAGUGGACAGGAGACUGAUCUGACUGAUGAAGAUGCAGCUUUUUUUGAGCCUACCUCCUCUUGCUCAUUUGAUGGAAGUUUAAAAUCAGACGACUCUGAACCAAGAUGGCCAGAGGUUCCUCCUGUGCUCAACCAGAAUGAGGACCGCAGAAGAAACAAAUAUCUGAGAAAGGACUACCUGAAGUAUAAGUGCCAAAGUGCCAGAAGAAACUCCAGUGGAAAUGACAAUGAUUUUGAGGAGGGAAUGCGUUCUAAUGAUUUCACCACAACCCUCACAGUCUUUGGUCUGAAACCGAGAACAGCAUUCACCCGUGGAAAUCGUCAAGACAUCAGCUCCACAGACCCAAGCUUCACAAUGAGGAGAAAGAUGGAGCACAUCAGGGAGGAGAUGGAGCAGAUCCGACUACUGCGGCAGAACUUGGAGUCCAGAUUAAAGGUUUUGUUGCCAGACGAUGUGGGUGCAGCUCUCAUGGAUGGUGUUGUGUUGUGCCAUCUGGCCAAUCACAUUCGUCCCCGUUCUGUGGCCAGCAUUCAUGUGCCCUCCCCUGCAGUGCCAAAGCUGAGUAUGGCCAAGUGUCGGCGAAAUGUUGAAAAUUUCUUGGAUGCGUGUAAAAAGCUUGGAGUGCCACAGGACAAAUUGUGUUUGCCACAUCACAUCCUAGAGGAGCGAGGACUGGUUACAGUUGGUGUCACUGUACAGGCAUUGCUGGAUCUUCCAUCAUCAAAACCCAACAAACUUUCUACCAUGUAGCAUUACUGGACCAUGGGAUAACCUCUAGGAUCCCUAUACCCUGCCUUACCACCUCAUUCCCACCCGAGCCCCAGAUAACCUCUCAAUGCUGAUCUGUGACCCUUUACGGGGAGGUCACGACCUUUCACCCUAAACAGUUCAGCCCCUACCUCUUAUAUGCCCUCAUGGAGGGGACUAGACAUUUUAAAGGAUGCUCCAAUAUCGUUGGGAGAAAAGCCACACAUUUCAUUCUGAUCAGUCCAAAAGAAACUGCGCUGCAGAGCCCAUUCAGGACAGCUAAUGCUUGAACGUAGUGGAUACUAUGAGUGACUGUGUCGCCUCUCGAAAUCUUUUCUUCUUUGUAUCUCCUUGUCACGUUCGUUUUUCUCUUGAACCGGUGAGCCCAGAGGGCGAGGACAGGAGGAAAAUACGCAGCUUUCAGGCUGAUUAUGGAUCAGAGUGAGGGUGUAGCCCAACGUCACCCGACCAAUUUUCUCCUAUAUGAAGUCACAAAGAGCUGUCAAUCAACUCCACCCAAUGCCAAUUCACAUUUCAUCACAUUCACAUAAUGAGUGUCAAAAUAAUGAGAGACAUGUAAUGUGCAUGUAAUCUUAACCAGACACAAAGGGCAUCUGUAAAUGACGAAAAGAAAACAUAUUGCCAUGUGAAACGCACAGCUGUAUUGCUGGAUUUAAGGUUAGUUAUUACUGUGGCAACAGGCAAUGCAUUACAAAAUCUUCAUUACCGACUGCAUGUCUGAGCAGUUGUGUUAGAACAAAGGAAACUCACAUGCCCGAACAAGACAAAGACUUGGGAACGUGUGGUUGUACAGUAUGUGCCGGUUUUCCCACUGUUUUUUUUAUUAUUGUUUUAAUGUUUAUUUUCACGUGACUAUUUAUUUUUUCUUUAACAGUCAGUGCCUGCUGCAGAAAUUCCCAACAUUCAUUUUUGGAAAUUCAAAUUACUUAAAGUGAUCGAAUUAAUUUUCUUGAUGUGCAGGUGUGUGCGAAUGUGAGCUUUGGCACAAAGAGACACUUAAAAUCUUUGCCGGACAUUGUUUUCACAUUCAGUUGUAAGAGUCGCUUACUGCGUCCGAAAUCAUGUACGUACUGAAUUAGAUGGAGUACCUACUGCAUUUUCGUUAAAACACAUAAAAUACAUCGUAUAAAAUACA